UCUUUCAGUUCGACAGUUUUUUUUUUCUAGUCCAGCAGAUGAAAUGAGUCAGUCUUGUGCUCUGGUUCUAGUAAGUGUUUAGAGUAUCGUUUUGAAAGAGGGCGUGUCUGAUGAGAGGAUAUAAGCGUGCGCACCGCGCGCAUCAAUGAAGCCUGACAGCAGCGCGCGAUGUUUCUCUUCACUGUAGUGCUUUUAACGGUUCUGUCUGGAGCCGGACAGGCGGCGGAUGGACACACUUACCGGCGCACGGAUCCGGUCACCGGACAGCAGCUGCUGUGUGACAGGUGUCCGCCGGGGACUCGCCUGGGUGCGCACUGCACAAGCUCCUGCGAGACGAGCUGCGUCCCGUGCGGCCCGGGUCUGUACACCGAGUUCUGGAACUACAUCCCGGACUGUCUGCGGUGCGACGCGUGCUCCGAUCACCAGCGGGUCGUUCGGCCGUGUAACGGAACCGUGAACACAGUCUGCGAGUGUGAGGCCGGCUUCUUCUGGGAUCAGCACUUCUGCAGGACACACAGCCAGUGCAAACCGGGUCACGGAGUCAAAGCUGCAGGGACCCCACACAGAGACACAAUGUGUGAGCUCUGUGCAGACGGACACUUCGCAGAUGUCAGAAAGAUGCAUGCAGCAUGUGUUUCUCACAGUGCCUGCAAGACUGAUGAACAGCUGGUGAUGCCCGGAUCCAGGUGGCAUGAUAAUGUGUGUGCAACCUGUGAUCACCUCACACUUAAAGGAUUGGUGGAUGUAUUUGAGCCGGUUCUGUCUGGUCUGCAUAUUCAGUAUGGGGCUCCCAUUGAGCGUCUGCAGAAGUUAGUGCACCGCCGUCUGCGCAGGAAGAGGUUUGGCAAGCGAGCUGCACUGCGGCGGGAUGAGGGGCCAGUACACGAGACGUCAGAGGAGGUACACCUGAACCUGCCAUCUAUCGUGGAGGAAUCGAACCUGAAUCACCUCGCAGACAGAAUCGCACGCAUAAUCCUGCGAUUCCAGCAUCGAUGCAAUGGCAGUGCACCACUAACAUUAUGACAGAUGAAGCCUGUUCACACUGCACUGAAACACACAAUGGGAUUUGUGUUUGAUACUGUCUCAUCUGCUUUUUAGAAUGUAGAAGUGCAUCAGAUUUUGCCCUGACCGUUAACUUCUUUGAGAGCUGGAUUAGUUUAAGGUUCCAGUGAAAGAUGUGUGAUGCUCAGAUUGUUCUCAUGCACUUUACAGUCUAUCCUGCUAAUAAAUUUCAUAUGCUGUAUUGCACUAGACUCCACUAAUUUGUAAAUAUUACAGAUAAUUUUUUUGUAUUGGUUUUGCAUUUUAAAAUGUUUCUGUAUUUAUUGACUAAACUGUAUCAGACUAUAAAACAGCUCAUUAAACAAUGAAAAGAG